AUGCGCUUAGUGGACAAAAGGAUCCGGAAGAUCAGCAGCAAGUCGGAGUGGGCCCUGGCGGUCGCACAGGAACUUCAGGAUAAUUGCCGCGAACUCCGGACAUGCCGUGGCCCCACAUCCCGGGACAGUAUCGGUCAUUUUCCUCUCUUAGUCCCACGAUUUGUAUCCGGGCUCCGGGGAGUUUUCUGCUGAUUAGUGAAGGGUAGAAACUGCAAGUAAUUUGUGUACAGGAAUCUGAAACACUACAAACACAUCGGUGUUUGCUGUCCUUAUCCAGAUAUUUAAGGAGUGAUCAGACAUUUCCUUUGUAACACCAAUAUAUCUAUUGUUGAUUCUUUGGAGAUAAAGAAGUAUUUCAUCCCAACUGGAACGUGCUUUGUAUCUGAAAGGAGGUUUUCUGUUGAAACCCAGUAAAAACCACUCGAACCGGGGUGCUGAGAACACACCAGUAUUUGUUCACGAGAGAUCAGUUCUUCAACUGUAAUGACUGUGUGAGGGAUUCACUACAUUGCUGGCAGCAGGAAGCAUUUCAACAUCAUCCAGGUUAAAUAUUUAUCAGAAAUUCUUACAGAGAGGACUGUGUUACGUAUCUUGGAAGAGAUUCACUUACUCAAUCCACCACAAGCAGACCAGUGAGUUCAGAACGGAGAGAGACUGCAGAACUGUUCCAUGUGUGGGAAGAGAUUGACUUCAUCAUCAGAUCUGCUGACACACAAGUGAGUUCACACGCAGGAGUGGCUGUACGUCAGCUCUGAAUGUGGGAGGGGAUUCACUCACAUCCCACCUAAAGAGAUACCAAUGAAUUUACACUGGGGACGGGCCAUUCAUCUGCUCAAACUGUGAGACGAGAUUCACCCAAUCUUCUUGACAACUGGUGCACCAGUCUGUGAACUCUGCAGAGAGGUCUUUCAUCUAUGGGAAAAGAUCCACUCAGUCAUCUCAAUUGAAGCUACAUCAGUGAAUUCACACAGGAGAGAGGCUGUUCACCUGCUCAGACUGUGGGAACAGAUUCAGUCAGUCAUCUCAGCAAUUGGCACAAUAGUCAACUCACACGGACGAGAUGUCAUAUGCCUGCUCAGAUUGUGGGAAGGAAUUCAUUCAGUCAUCUCAUCUGAAAGUACAUCAGCGGGUUCACACUGGGCAGAGGCCACUGACCUGCUCCGAAUGUGGAAAGGGAUUCACUCAGCCAACCCACCUGCAGUCACACAAGCGAGUUCACAUGGGAGAGAGACCAUUCACCUGUUCUGUGUGUGGGAAUAGAUUCACUCGGUUAAGCAACCUACAGAGACACCAGUCAGUUCACACUGGGGAGAGGCCGUUGAUUUGCUCAGACUGUGGGAAGGGAUUCACCUGGCCAUCUGAACUGAAGCUACAUCAGCGAGUUCACACUGGGGAGAGGCCAUUCACCUGCUCAGACUGUGGGAAGGGAUUCACUCGAUCAUCUGACCUGCUGGCACACCAAUCAAUUCACACUGGGAAGAAACCAUUCACCUGCUUCGAUUGUGGGAAGGGCUUCACUCGGUCAUCUCACCUGUUGACACACCAGUUAGUUCACAGUGGGGAAAGGCCAUUCACUUGCUCAGAUUGUGGGAAGGGAUUCACUCGGUCAUCUGACCUGCAGAGACACCAGUCAGUUCACACCAAGAAGUGGCCAUUCACCUGCUCAGACUGUGGGAAGGGAUUUUCUUGGGCAUCUGAACUGAAGAUACAUCAGCGAGUUCACACUGGGGAGAGGCCAUUCACCUGCACAGACUGUGGGAAGGGAUUCACUCGGUCAUCUCAGCUUAUGACACACCAGUUAGUUCACACUAAGGGGAAACCGUUCACCUGCUCAGACUGUGGGAAGGGAUUCAAUCAGACUUCUGACCUCCUGGCACACCAGCGAGUUCACACAGGAGAGAAGCCAUUCACCUGUUCUGUAUGUGGGAAGGGAUUUGCUCAGUUCUCUCAACUACAGAGACACCAGUCAGUUCACACUGGAGAGAGGCCAUUUAUUUGCUCAGACUGUGGGAAGAGAUUUGUUCGGUCAUCUGAACUGAAGGUACAUCAACGAGUACACACUGGAGAGAGGCCAUUCACUUGCUCAAUCUGUGGGAAGGGAUUCACUCGGUCAUCUGCCCUACAGCAACACCAGUUAGUUCACUCUGGGAAGAAACCAUUCACCUGCUCAGUCUGUGGGAAGGGAUUCACUCGCUCAUCUCAGUUACUGGCACACCAGUUAGUUCACACUGGGGAGAGGCCAUUCACCUGCUCAGAAUGUGGGAAGGGAUUCGCUCAGUCAUCUUAUCUGAAGGUACAUCAGCGAGUUCACACUGGAGAGAGGCCAUUUACCUGCUCCGUCUGUGGAAAGGGAUUCACUCGAUCAUCUGCCCUAAUGCAGCAUCAGUUGGUUCACACUGGGAAGAAACCAUUCACCUGCUCAGACUGUGGGAAGGGAUUCACUUGGGCAUCUCAGCUACAGGCACACCAGUCAGUUCACAGUGAGGGUUAGCCAUUCAUCUGCUCAGUCUUUGGAAAGGGACUAACUCGGUCAUCUGCCCUACUGCAAUGCCAGUUAGUUCACACUGGGGAGAGACCGUUCACCUGCUCAGACUGUGGAAUGGAAUUCAUUUGGUCAUCUCAACUGAAGGUGCAUCAUUGAGUUCACAUUGGUGGGUGGGAGAGCAUUAGCCUGCUCUGUGGGAAGGGAUUCACUCACUCAUCCAACCUUGUGACACACUAUCAAAUUCACACUGGGGAAACAGUUUAAGUAAGCUACAUGCUGGAUAUUUAAUCAUUCUGGUUGCUGAAUCCAGACGCAAGUUCAAAAGUCAUUGUUGGUGUUGAACUUUGCAAUUGUUGCUGCUGUUCAUCAAACCCAGUUCUAUACCCUGGUCACUGGGCAUGGAAGGAGUUUUUUUCUGCUGAUGUUCUCGUUUAAUAGGACUGGAGUUUAAUAUUCUGGAUCCAUGACAAAUAAAUCAGUUCUAUUUGAAACUCUGUCUCAGGUAUUGAGUGAAUCUACAUCACUCCCUUUUUACAGUAGGGAAUAGACUCAGCACAGCCUGUUAUUAUUUCUGUUUCAUGAUAUUCCUUUUAAAUCCUUUCCUGCUGUUCAUCUGUGGGUGAAGAGGUUUCCCAUAAGUUUCCUGCUUGACUUUCCGCAGACUGAAGAGGGUGAGCUGACUGCAGUGGUGACUAACCUGUUCUUUGCCCCACAAAUCUGUGGCCUGAGAAAGACUGAAAUUGGUAGUUAACCAACUUAUUCCCUGGUCAUUCCAACAUUAUGGUCACUUUCACUGCUUCUAAAGAGCUGUGACACACAGAGUUUGGUUGUCACUAUAAACCACUGUCCUUGAAAGUCUGAAAGCAGAAUGGAGAACCAUUCGUUGGAUGCCCACUGGAGCAGGGUCAGAAACCAGCGACGUGGCAGCACAGGGCACAGUUUGGUACUCUGCACAGAGGUAGGGGUAAGAAGAGAUGAUGAUGAGCAGGGGGUGUGGCCACAAGUGACAGAGUAGCAACGUUUGGAAGCUGAUUGACAGAAAAAACCAGGUUGACUUUGACUUUUGACAGGCACGGUGCCUGUUGACAUUGAGUAUAUUGCCUGUGGAAGCUUGCUGUGUUAAAUUGCCUGCUAAACCCUGAUAAAAAAUACUGACCGAUGAUACUAUUUGGCAGAGUUUGUCAACACUUUCAAUGGCACUGUUGUUACCCGGAAAUCUAAGUGAGCUUUAGAAUGUAUUAUCACCGUGAAUCGAGUGCACAGGUACCGAGAGCCUGUUGGAUCCUAAUGUUUAAUUUUAAAGUAUUAUUGUCUCUGCAGUUUAACAAUUAUUAACCUUGUAUUUUACGCAGCCAUUGUAUUCAUUACAGUUUCAUAUGCCUAUAGUGGCUAUACAAAGUGUAAUUCUGGGGCUUCUUUGCAAUUCAUUAAGUAAGUGUUUUGUCAUUAGUUAAUUUUUGCUGCAGUAUUGACUCAGUUCUUUCUAAGUGGAUUAUCAUAUUUAGAUUUGAAUGGGGUUUUUCUUAGUUUCUGGCUUAGAAGUAGCUGUUUUAUGCCAGGUGUGCCAUCUUUUGCUUCUCUCUCUUCUUCAAGUAGUAGACCCCUGCCACUGUUCCACUCCUAUCAACUUUUAAUAAAACGAUGGUGAAGCAACAAGUUCAUGCCUCGUUCCUGACUUUUAAAAGUACCUUGGAUUGAAACACUAAAUUCGCCAAUUGGAGUAGUCGUCAGCACUUAGAGCUCAGAAUAAUCCAAAACAAUGAAAGAAUAUUUGGCACCUAAAAAUGGGGUAAGAACUUCAUUUUAUGUUGUAAAUUGUCUGAGAAAAAAAACUAGCUCUGGCUUUUACAUUACCAGAGGGAAAUCAGGAUGGAGGACUGUUGUGUUGCUUUUUUUAAAUAAACAUCUGUUAAAAAGAAGGGCAAACUUCAAAAAAUUAAAUUCAUACAGGCAGUAGAGCACAGAUAAAAAGGCUAACGAAAUUGUGGAAGCGAGCAGAGCAUGGGGAAAAUUCAGUUUGCAGGACAACCUGUUAAAAAUUCAAGAUUGCGAUCAAAGUAAAAGUAUGUAUGUAUUUAAGAUUGCAUCAAAGCAAUGGCCAAAAGUUGUGAAACAUUCAAUUUUGAUAAGAUUAUUGAAAUAUACCUAUAAUGUUAAAUCUAAUGAAAUAUGGCUCCUAGGUGAUAUUGUGAACGUAUGGGAUAAGAGUCUUGAAAUGUUUGUUAUUGAUUUAGAGACAAGAGCAUCUGGUUAGUUUGAUUAAAUGUGUGACUGAUUAAAGUGUAAUAGGAUGAGUAAAUCUUUUACUAAUUGAAAGAAACACAAAGCUUAUGAUGAACUACAAAAACACGAUAGAAACAGUGAAAUGCCCAAAGAGCAAAUCUUUGCAUUAACCAACGAGCGAAAGAACAAGAUUGUAAUUCAAAGUCACAUGCAGAAAAUGCUGGAGGUACUUGUGUUGGUGUGAAUUGUUCUGGAUUACCAGCAUCUGCAGAAUUUCUUCUCUUUUUAAUUCAAUUGAUGUAAAUUGCUCACGGCUCAAAAAUAAAUGGAAACAAUGUCAGAAAGCACAGGCAGCAACUUCAACUGUGCGGCACACAAAAUGGUGGAGUAAUUCAGCACGUCAGGCAGCAUCUAUACAAAAGUGUAAACAGUCAAACCUUUGAACCAAGACUCUUCAUCAGGGUCCAUUGCUAAUUAAUGUAUUGACAAGCUAGUGACAGAUCCAUCAACUGUUGCUCAACCACUCAACAAUCAGCUGAAGGUCAGCAAGGGCUCGGACAACCCCGUGAUUCCUAAUGAAGAACAACUGAAAGCAUUUCAAGUUUUAAAGAUGAUAUUGUGUACUGCACCUGCAUUAAUAAUCCCUGACACAGGUAAAUCAUUUACCCUUUGUAUCAAUGAGAAACACAUGUUAGCAGACCUAAUUCAAGAGCAUGGAGAUCGAAAGUGUUGGAAUCAGUUGUUCUUAUAUUUUUAGUACGGUAUUAAUUGAAUUAAUGAGCUUUUAGCAAAACAAAAAUUCUAGUUUCACUAACAUAUAAAUUGUAUUUUUAACUUGUAUUUUUUAUAAUAUAUGAUGUUAAGCUCCACCUACUGGUGGCAAAAUGAUAUAAUAGUUAUAUAGCAGUUUUAUCACCUUUCAUUUUUAACUGACUGUUAAACAUGCUAUACAUGUAUAACUUCUCAUAUCUUACGAAUUUGCCUUAUUUCAGUAUGAUAAGUGUCUGUUUAAUAAUUUUCUGAUACUUUUUGGGCACAGCACUAUGAAAAUAUUUUGGGUUGUGACUCUUGAUACUUAAGGUUUUAACUCUAGUUAUACAUUUUGGAUUGUGAUUCUAAUACUGUGAUUGUCAUCUAAGUGAAAAGUACUCAUUGAUCCAACUAAGACAAUGGCCAAAGUUGAGAAACAAAGUGCAGAGUCUCCAGCUAGAGAGGACAGAUAACAGAGGGUUUUAGUACCUAUUUGAACAACUGAAUUUGAUGCCAUUAGUGAAAAAAGUCUGGAAGAAAUAUGCUAUUGAUGCUGAGUCUAGUGGAACUUGUCUUAUGAGUGAUGUUCAAAAGACAUGGAAUAUAAGAUUCAGAAAAUGUGGUUGGGAAUUUUUUUUUUUAAAACUGUAUUAUCAGGGCUAAGAAAGCAUGACCAUGCCAAGCUAGAAGCUAGAAAUGGAUUUAAAUGUGAAGGUGUCAGGUUAGAAAAUCAAGUGUGUAAUUUAAAGCAAGCACAUGGUGAAUAAACUAGCAAGUAAAUAACUAAUCAAUUGGGAGAAAAGGAAGGAAUGUGUCACAUGCUGAAGGAACAGUAUGAUAGAGAUAGUAAACAAAUGGAUUUCCUUGUAAACUGAUGGAGUGACAAAACAACAUGAUAAAUGUAGCCGUGAGGAGUCACAUUUUUCAGAGUUAGAAACAGACAAAGUUGCAAUGCACAGCAAAGACCUUUGGUGGGCAGUAUUAACAGUGAUGUCACAUGGUGGAAUGCAGCAAUACUGAAUUGACCUCAGAAACAGCACCAUCUUGGGAACUCCAAGGCCCAGUGAUGUCAAUCUGAGGAUGAUGGAGGAGAGGGUAAGCAGAAUUUACCAGAUGAUUGGUAUGCAAUUAAGAAAUGAUUGGAAGAACAAACCCCAACACAGAUUGAUUUAAGUAAAGUAGUCAUUUGCAAACAAAAGGUUUUAGAAGAUAUUUCUGAAUAUGAAGACUGCUACAGGACAGUUUGGAUCAGCUUGAAGUAAUAAGACUAUAAGAUAUAAGAGAAGAACUAGUCACUUGGCCUAUUGAGCUUACUCUGCCAUUCAAUAAUGGUUGACCCUUUUUUUCCUGUCCUGGGUCCCACUUACUGGCUUUCUCCUUGUAACCUUUCAUAUCUCUUCUACUAAUGUUGGGCAGGAGUUGCUGGAGCCAUAGGUCCUGUACCGUAAGCCAGCGUGAAUAACUUAACUCACUUCAACUCUGCACUGAUUCCACAACCUACAGACUCAAUUUCAAGGACUCUUACAACUCAUGUUCGCAGUUUGUCAUCUUUUGCACAUUGUUUUUUUGUCAGUCUUUGUUCAUGUGUGGUUUUUCAUAGAUUUUAUUGUGUUUCUUCAUUUUCACUGUGAAUGCCUGCAAGAAAAUGAAUCUCAAGGUAUUACAGUGGAUUCAGAUCAGGACCACUACAUUUGGCCCAAUUAGCAGAAGUUUCAUGGAAAUAGUUAAAACCUUAUAAAAAUGACAAACUACCAUCUAACUGAGUAACAAAUUCGGUAUUUAAAUGACAUACAGAACAAAUCAGAACACUACCAAAACUACCGAUGCUUAUCUGAAACAUCCAACAAUGGCAGGAGAUGUGGAAGUUUUUUAAAGUGGAAAAGACAUUGUACUGGAGGCCAAAUCUUUAUGUAUAUUUAAAGCAGUUUCUGGAUAGAUUCCUGAUUUCUUGAUCAAAGGCUAUGGGGACAAAGGCCAGGACAUUGGAGUUGAGAGGAAAACUGGAUCAGUCAUGAUAAAAUCAUUUGUCAAAAAAUAACUUUUUUUGAAAGCCAGUAUGUGGACUUUUUUUUAUUCUCUAUUUCAUCUGGUGAGUAUGCGUUGUCCUUAGAUUGUCUUCCUUCUAUGUCUAAUUGUUCAUUUUUUCACAAGCUCUGGUUUUUCACUGUACUUUGCAGGUGUCUCAUUAGGAAUGCUGUCAUGGGGUUAUCAAACUCUUCGGUUUUAUCAUUUAUAUUCAAUUUGGGGUUUUUGAAUUAGCACAGUAAUGACAAUGUCUGGAAUUCCUACAUGCUCAGGGUAUAUUUCAGGCCAACACCCCUUUGUUUGGUCGAUUCCUUGUCAGAUGAAACUCAGAACUGAGUAUUAUAGCAGAGCCAAUAAUUCACAUGGAACAAUGUUUUAGAAGCUAAAUUAUGAAUUUAUUUAUCACCUUUCUCUCUGUUUCCUUCUCUCUCAAUUAAUCUAUCUAUAUAGAUAGAUAUCUAUCAACCUGGAUAUUUAUCGAUUUUUUUGGGGAUAAGCAUGGAAUAGGCCCUUCCUGCCUUUCCUCCUUUGCUGCCCAGCAUCCCCCAUUUGAAUUCAAACCUAAUUAUGGGACAAUUUACAAAGACUAAUUAACCUACUGACCAGUACGUCUUUGGACUGUGGGAGGAAACCAGGGCACCAGUAGGAAAUACACUUGGUCAAAGGGAGAACAUUCAAAUUCCCUGCAGGCUGCGACAAGAAUUGAUCCCAGAUCCCUGGUACUGUAGAACAUUUUGUUAGCCGCUACCCUUCCAUGCUUCCCUGAUUGAUAUGCUUGUUGUUUAAAAUACAAAGUGUCAAAUUAAAUUAAUUAAUUUAAAUGCAUUUCCUGACCUUGAAGUAAAAAUCAAAUACAAAGAUCCUCCUGAAAAAGCAAAAUGUAUCCUCCCCUUCCCCCUCCCCUCUUCCCACUUCCCCUUUCCUUCCUUCCUUCCUUCCUUCCUUCCUUCCUUCCUUGAGGGAGAGAUCAUCUCCCUUACUCAUAAUACUUUUACUAUUAAAAUAUACACACAUCAUUCUAUCUGCCCCAUGCUACUUGUUAUUUUGAUUCCACUAUUCAAUAUUUUCCUUGACAUCUACCUUCUAAGUCUUAUCCUUCACUUACUGACCUGGUGCUCCAGUUCCCAACUGCUGCAAAACUCUCCUGAAUAUUAUGAGCAAACCACUUGGCCAAGAUAUUGUUUCCUCUGGCGAUCAGGUGCAAUCUGUUCCUGUUGUGCAAGUCAGCCCCUCCUCAGAAAAUGUUCCAAUGAUUCAAAAACUUGAAAUCCUGUCUCCUGCACCAUCUCCUCAGCUGCUCAUGAAUCCAUGCUAUCACCCCAUUCCAACCUGCACUAUCCUGUGGCACUUGGAGUAAUCCAGAAGUUACUAUCUUGGUAUCCCUUUGACAUACUAAUAUAGAUGCACAGAGGAGAGUAUCCUGACUGGUUGGAUUACGGCCUGGUCCGGAAACACAAAUGCCUGGGAAUAGAGAAGUCUCCAAAAAGAGAUAGAUACAGCUCAGUUCAUCACAAGCAUUGCUCUCUCCAUCAUUCUGCACAUUGACAAGGAGCACUGCCAUGAGAAAGCAGCAUCCAUCAUCCACACCAUGGCCUCUUCUCACUGCUCAUGAGAAAGAAGGUCGAGGAGCCUGAGGUUCCUCGCCACCAGGUUCAGGAAGAGUUAUUACUCUACACUGGUCAUGCUCUUGAAGCAGCAGAGAUAACUUCACUGGAUGAAAUUCCCAGGUGUCACUAUCUCAGAGGACCUGUCCUGGAACCAUCAUAUAAAUAUAAUUGCAAAGAAAGCAUGGCAGCACUUCAACUUCCGCAGGAAUCUGCGGAGGCUCGGCAUGUCAUCAAAAACCUUUAGAAAUUUCUACAAAUAGGUGGUGGAAAGUGUGCUAACUGGCUGUAUUAUGACCUGGUAUGGGGACACCAAUGCCUUUGAGCGGAAAAUCCUAAAAGCAGGUUGUUGAUUUGGCCCAGUACAUCACGGGUGAAACCCUCCCAACUAUUCAGUAGAUCUGCAGGAAACAUUGAUGUAGAAAAGCAGCAGCCAUCAUCAAAGAUUCUCAAAUCCCAGGCCAUGCUCUUUUGUCGCUGCUGCCAUCAGGUCAAAGGUACGAGUGCCUCAACUUCAAGAAUAGUUACUAACCUCAAGCUCUUGAACAAAAUAAGAUAACCACACUUGUUCUACUUCUGGUGUUCCCAGAGCCAAUGGUGUCACUUUCAGGACUCUGUCUUGUUACUUCAUGCUCGUUAUUUAUUGCUAUUUAUUUAUAUUUGCAUUUGCACAGUUUGCUGUCCAUUGACUAUGUUUACUGUUCCUAUUCUACAUAUUUGCUUAGUAUGCCCGCAGAAGAUGAAUCUCAUGGUUGUAUGUGGUGAUAUGUAUGUACUCUGAUCAUAAAUUUUACAUUGAACUUUGAAUUCUAAAGUUGAACUCUAAAGUCGACAACCUACUGGCUCCCCUUCAAGUUCUGUACAAUUUAUGUUUUGAAAAUUAUAUAUUGUUUUUAUUAUUUGCAAGAUUUGCCCUCUUUCGUACAUUAGUUGUUUGUCAGUCUGUACUAUAUUUUGUUUUCAUAAAUUUUAUUGUAAAGUAUUUAUUUUCCUGCAAAUGCAUGUAAGAAAAUGAUUCUUAAAAUACUAUAUGAUGGCGUAUACAUAGUUUGACAAUAAAUUUACUUUGACAAAUGUUUUUCGGUGACGCUCUUUGUUUUCAUGAAGGGUUUAGUGACCUACUUACAAAGUUCACAAAGGUCCCAGCACCUCCUCUGA